CGGAGGGUGUUUCUCCAUAGUAACAAUGACAAAACAAGCCAGUUCAACACCAGGCAGCCAAAGGAGUGAUUGGAGCCGCAGAGGAGAAGUCCCGUUCACACGAGAGGGAGACAGGUUCGCUGUUUUGAAGAUAAAAAAAACAAAAAAAAAAUAGAGAGGAUUUCAAAACUUUUAUGACAAACUGUGCUGGGAGGCACACGCUCAGACCUGCCCUCACAUCUGACCCUCACCUCCCAGCAUGGACCGGGACAGCCACACCGAGGACACUUUGUCGACCAUGGUUCUGGAGAACAUAAAGAACAAGCUGAUCGACGCCUUCAGGGCCGCAGGAGAGUCCAGGGAGGAUCCCCAGCCCUCGGGAUCCAGCGUCAGGCCGGUCAGCGUCGGCCGGAGUCACCAAGCGAACGAAGAGCUGCGGCGGGCGCAGAUAGACGGGGCGAUAACCUGGCUCCGGUCUGAACUGCUAGAAAUGCGCUCCCAGGACCUCCAGCUGGCUCAGACGCUACUGGGGCUCAACUCAGAGAUCCAAAGACUGCGGAGGGAGAGUUUUGGAGCUGUGGAAGUGGAGGGGGACGACCAGCACUAACCCCCCUGUCAACAUCCCAUCAGACCUUCACCUUUUCUCUGGGGAGGAACUUGUGGAGUAAAACGUUGGAAGGACCCUUUUAAUCGAAUCCAUAGUGGACAAAGAAACGAUACAACCAAUGAAGUUGGAUGCAUUGUAAUAAAAAAAAAGACACCUGUUGCAUGUGAUGGACUGAAUAUGUUUGUGAUGCUUGCGUACUUUUUUUUUUUUUUAUUGUUAAAGAUAUUUUGCACUUAUGCGGAGCCGUGCUAAAGAAAGUUUGUUUCUUUGAUGGAUUAGGAAACAACUAAACUAUAUGAAUGUAAAGACGAAAUAAAAUGUGCAACUUGCGU